AUGUUGUUUUUCAUCGUUAUUGUCAUAAAUUUAUUUCCCCUUUUCGUCUCACAAGAUAUUAUAUACCCUACUUGUGAUGAAAGCGCAAAUUUCACUAUAAAUGGUACAUACCAAAGAAAUCUUGACAAUGCUUUGUUGUCCCUCAUCUCUGAUACUAGCAUUACAUACGGAUUCUACAACCGGUCCGUUGGAGAAACCCCAGAUCGAGUUCAUGUUAUCGCGCUAUGUAGAGGUGAUGUUGAUCAAGACGAUUGUCGCAGGUGCAUAAAUGGCUCUAUUACAAGACUAAGAGAGAUUUGCCCUAACCAAAAGGGUGCAAUAGGAUGGUAUGAUACGUGUAUGCUAAGGUACUCUAAUCUACCCAUUUGGGGAAAUCCAGGCAGUAUGGAUACACGGUUCCAGGCAAACCCUCAGAACACGUCAAACGUGGACCAAUUUAAUCAAGGGCUUUAUCCGUUGUUGGAUCAAUUAAUAGUUGAGGCAUCUAGUGGUGGGUCUCUCCGUAAAUAUGCUUCCAACUAUACACGUGGUCGUGGGGGCUCAAGGAUCUUUGGGAUCAUGCAGUGUACACCGGAUUUGUCUGAAUUCCAAUGUUAUAAUUGCUUGGAUCGUACAAUCCAACUCAUUCCAGUUUGUUGUGAUGGCAGACGUGGACUAAGAGUUCUAUAUCCUAGUUGCAACCUAAGGUAUGAAGAUUACAGUUUCUUUGAUGAAAUGGUGGUUCUUCCCCCACCACCAUGGCCGCAAUCUCCUCCACGACCAUCGCCACAAUUGCUUCCACCGCCACCAUCGCCAUUAGGCAAGACUAACAACACGUCUAUAACUGUAAUUGCUAUCGUUGCAACCCUUAGUCUUGUGAUAUUGGUCGUGCUUUUCGUUUUCGUCUUCAUAAGAAGAAAAAGAAAGCUCGAAGGACGACCUGCAAAUAAUUUUGUUUACGAGGACGUAGAUAUCAAUGAAAUUAGUACAACCGAAUCUUUGCAGUAUAGCUUUGGUAUCAUUAGAGAAGCAACAAAUGACUUCUCAGAGAGCAAUAAGCUUGGACAAGGUGGAUUUGGUUCGGUUUACAAGGGAAAGUUACAGAAUGGAAAAGAAAUAGCAGUGAAGAGGUUGUCGAAGGAUUCAAGACAAGGCGAACAAGAAUUUAAGAACGAGGUCCUGUUACUUGCAAGGCUCCAACAUCGAAACCUGGUUCGUCUCCUAGGUUUCAGCACAGAAGAGUCUGAACGAAUCUUGAUAUAUGAGUUUGUACAAAAUGGAAGUCUAGACCAAUUUAUAUUUAAUCCAAUGAAGCGUGCAGCUCUAGAUUGGGAAAGACGAUACAAAGUAAUACAAGGUGUUGCAAGGGGACUUCUAUACUUACAUGAGGAUUCACGAUUAAAGAUAAUUCAUCGAGAUUUGAAAGCUAGUAAUGUUCUGUUGGAUGCCCAAAUGAAUCCGAAAAUUGCAGAUUUUGGUAUGGCAAGGUUAUUCACAUGUGAAGAAUCCCAAGGCAACACUAGUCAAAUUGCCGGAACCUAUGGCUACAUGGCACCCGAGUAUUUAACGCAUGGACAAUUUUCGGUAAAAUCAGAUGUCUUUAGUUUCGGUGUACUAGUACUCGAGAUAGUAAUGGGUCAAAAGAACAGUAGUUUCCAAGACGAAAUGGUGACAGAGGAUCUUCUAAGCCAUGCAUGGAAAAGUUGGAAAGCGGAAACGACUUCAAGUUUAAUUGAUCCUACACUCAUCAUGAAAGAUGGUCCUAUUUCCUUACGUGAUAUGAUAAGAUGUAUCCAUAUUGGCUUAUUAGGUGUUCAAGAAGACGCUAUCGAGAGACCAACUAUGGCUUCAGUUGUUCUCAUGCUUAGUAGCCUCUCUAUAACCCUCACGUUCCCUUCAGAGCCUGCUUUUUUCUUGCAUACAGGUAUGAAUCCAGAAAACCCCCUAUUUGAAGAGUACGCUUCAAGCACAAGUAAUUCUAGCUAUUCAAAAAAUAAAUCCAAAUCUUCACGGGGAUCUAUAGCACGUGAUAUUUCUUUAACAUCCAUAGUUUUCCAUUUUGUUGAGACCAUGUUGAUGGUAAUCCGAGUGUCGAUUUCGUUUUUUGUUGUUAUUAUCGUAAAUUUAUUCGUGCUUUCGGUCUCUCAAUGCAACAAUGACGCGAACUUCACUUCAAACGGUGCGUAUCAAAGAAAUCUUGACAAUGCUUUGUCGACCCUCACCUCUAAUACCACUAUCACAUACGGCUUCUAUAACCGGUCUGUUGGUGAAAACCCCGAUAAAGCCAACGUGAUGGCGUUAUGUAGAGGUGAUGUUGAGCGAGAUGAUUGUCGCAGGUGCAUAAAUGACUCUAGAAGAAGACUAAGAGAGAGUUGUCCUAACCAAAAGGGUGCAAUGAAUCUAUGGUCGGAUGGGAAUUGUAUGGUGAGGUACUCUAAUGAACCCAUUUUGGGAAAUCCAGACAUUAAUAGUCCGGUUAUCUACAUGAACCCUAACAACGCGUCGGGCGUGGAUCGGUUUAAUCAAGCGCUCAACCAGCUGUUGAACCAACUAAGAAAUAAUGCUUCGAGUGGUGGGUCUAGUCGUAAAUAUGCUUCCGGGACCAGCACAAAUGGCCCUUGGUUGACAACCAUCUAUGGGGCCAUGCAGUGCACACCCGAUUUAUCCGAGGGUCAGUGUGAAAAUUGCUUGAAUAGUGCAAUGCAACAAAUCCCAAAUUGUUGUGAUGGAAAACUUGGAGUAAGAGUUAUAUAUCCUAGCUGCGAUCUCAGGUAUGAAAAUUACUCGUUUUUUAAAGCUACACUGGCUCUUGCACCACCACCACCGCCAACGGAGUUGUCUCCACCAUCGCCGCCACCAUCAGGUAUAUUUUCAGACAAAAGUAGUAACACGUCUAUAAUAAUCAUCAUUGUCGUCGUUGCAACCAUUAGUCUUGUGAUAUUGGUAGCGACUUUCGUUUGCAUAUUCAAGAGAAGAAAAAAGAACAUCGAAGGACGGCUGUCGCAGAAUCUAGACGUAGACGUUGAUAAAAUUACUACAGCCGAAUCGUUGCAAUAUAGCUUUGCUGUCAUUAGAGCAGCAACAGAUGACUUUUCAGAGAACAAUAAGCUUGGACAAGGUGGAUUUGGUUCUGUUUAUAAGGGUAAGUUACCAAAUGGGCAAGAAAUAGCAGUGAAGAGGUUGUCGAAUAACUCGGGACAAGGUGAACAAGAAUUCAAGAACGAGGUUUUGUUACUUGCAAGGCUCCGACAUCGGAAUUUGGUUCGUCUCCUAGGGUUUAGCCUCGAAGGGUCUGAACGACUUUUGAUGUAUGAGUUUCUACAAAAUGCAAGUCUAGAUCAAUUUAUAUUCGAUCCAGUGAAACGUGCAAGUCUAGAUUGGGAAWUACGAUACAAAAUAAUACAUGGUGUUGCAAAGGGACUUCUAUAUCUACACGAGGAUUCACGGCUAAAGAUUAUUCAUCGGGAUAUGAAAGCUAGUAACGUUUUACUGGAUGUCAAUAUGAUUGCUAAAAUUGCGGAUUUUGGUAUGGCAAGGUUGGUCACGCUUGAAGAAACACAAGUCAACACUAGUCGAAUCGUCGGAACCUAUGGAUACAUGGCACCAGAGUAUGCAUUGCAUGGACAAUUUUCAGUUAAAUCAGAUGUUUUUAGCUUCGGUGUAUUAGUACUCGAAAUAGUAACCGGUUGUAAGAACCAUAGUUUCCAAAAUGGGACGAUGGUGGAGGAUCUUCUUAGCCAUGCAUGGAAAAGUUGGAGAGAUGGAACGAUUUCAAGUUUAAUUGAUCCUACACUAAAAGAUGGUUCAAAUUCCCUGCGUGAUAUGAUCAGAUGCAUCCACAUUGGCCUACUAUGUGUUCAAGAAGACGUUACUGAUAGACCAACUAUGGCUUCAGUAGUUCUCAUGCUUGGUAGUCUCUCUCUAACGCUCGCCGUCCCUUCAGAGCCUGCUUUUUUCAUCCAUACGAGCAAGCCAGAACUACCCCUAUUCGAAGAGUACACUUCAAGUACAGGUUCCAAGGUCGCAUAACCAGACGGAAACUAAGUUCCCACUCACGACCCAUGUAACAAGCUACACCAAG